GCCCGCGAUAUCGGGAACGCGAAAACAAAUGGCGGCACCUGGUAUGUCACACGGAAAAAGAAAAGGACACAGAUCCACGCAGGAGCGGCACCAGGAGCGGCACUUGGAUCAGAAUUGGAGACAACCUCUAAGAUCAGGGUCUCCCGGUACAUCACAUGUAAAUGGUAACAGUCCUUAUGCCUCCCUUAAAAGAGAUUCAAAUGCAAGUCCCGCAGAUCUGGAAUUUAAAAAGAAUGUAGAUUUUUUACAAAGAGAAUGGAGAAAGUGUGAAGCUGAGUUAAAGUCAAGAAAAGAUACAAUUACACAAUACGUUGAUCGCAAUCCAGAUAAACCAGAUUGGCCAGGUGUGGAUUUGGAUGCUUUCCUUGAAAGUGUCCACCACCUUCAGCAGCAGCAACAAUUACAAUAACAAAGACCAAAGAUGAAGACAUACAUAUAAAUAUUGCCAUUGUCAAGUACAUCUUGUUCCUUCAUAAACGUCUUGGCGAAACCAAAGUUGUUUCUAAUCUUUGGGGAGAGAACUUUUCUGAUUAAAGCUGCCUAAAAUAACUGACUGAUGUAAUUUAUUUUUCUUUUACUCAAUUUGAAUUAGAGCUUUGCAAUUUCUCAGGUUUUGUUGUUGCACAGAUCUUCCAUUUUGUUUAUUUAUUAUGUUUUACAUGCGUAGCAUACAAGUUUAACACUUUCCAAGUUAUUUUGCUUCUAAGUUUAUUUUUAAAAAUGUGAAAGGCUGAAGGGAAAAUUGAUGAAAUAAGAAUAAAGUAUGCAUGGGAGAUGUGGAGGUGAACUAUGGCCUCUCUUGAGUAGAAGAAAAAAUUGAAAUCUCUGACGAAGAGCUUAUUUCAAACGUGAUUUUUUCCCAUUAUGUGGGUUUUCAAACUCUCUUACUAUCCAUUGUUGCAAGGGUAUUAUAGUCUGCAUUUGAACACACUAUCAAAGAUAACUCCCAAGUAAGGAUAUUGUUUGGAUUUAAUCAUGAAAGAUUCCCAUGACUAACCCACAAAGAAAUCUAUGAUAACCAAUAAGGAGAGUUAAAUUUUAGAUCCUGGAGGUGAGAAAGUCAAUUUGACCACUUCACACUGCUGGUAAUGAAAUGUGCAAUUGAGAUGUUUUACACUCAUCUAGCACUAAAUCUCAUUUAACAGCCAUGUCAUAAUUUAUUUUUUGAAUGCAGUGAACUCCUAAUGAACAUUCUUUUUAGCCACCAAAGGGGGGGGGGGGAAAUUUCAAAGUCAUUCCUCCCAAUGAUAUCCAUACAUCAUCCAACAAACAAGGUGAUGGCAAUUGACAAAACGAUCAGUUAGCGUCUGUUUUCUAACUAAAGCAUAAAAUAGUUUCGAAUAAGUUCCAGGGAAAAUUAAGGGAGCUAAACGGGAGAUUGAAGAUAACACGAAAAGUGAGAGGGCAAAUUGGGGGGCAAGAAGCGUGUUUUGGGCUAAUUUGUUAUUCCUUAAAUUUAAAAUCAUUUCAAAAUUUUAAAUUUCAAGUUGCUAGAACCGAGCUCCCCGCCACUUCUGAGUAUUUAAGUUUAUUCUGCAAAUUAUAAUUGCUGUAAAAAUAUGCAUAGAUUGAGAAUAAAAUUUUAAAGUUAUUUGAA